UUGUUGUUGAAGUGGAAGGUUGUGUGAAAUCUGUGCGUGAUUAAUAUUGAAAAAACGUAAAUAAUAGAUUCUCCAAGAUGUCCAAAUAUUCGGGCAAAAAAUGCCGCCUGCUAUCAAUGAUGUGGCUAACGGCAUUUUUCUUCUUUGUGGAAAUCAUAGUGGGCUAUGUAACCAACUCCAUGGCUCUGGUCGCGGACAGUUUUCACAUGCUGGGCGAUAUAGCAGCAUUGGUCAUCUCGUUUCUCUCCGUUAAGAUGUCUCCGAAGAAAUGGUCGAAGAACACUUUUGGCUGGGCACGUGCCGAAGUUCUGGGAGCUCUGGUUAAUGCUGUGUUCCUAGUAGCGCUCUGCUUUAGCAUCACCAUUGAAGCUUGCAAAAGAUUUAUUGAAGAGGAGCCUAUACAUGAGCCCAAGCUGCUGGUUGUUGUUGGCGUCUUGGGACUGCUAGUCAAUAUUAUUGGUCUCUGCCUGCUCUAUGAGCAUGGUGGUCAUCAUGGACACUCGCAUGGCGGUGGACUUACACGCAAUCACAGUCGUCUGACUGAGCUGGCCAACAUGGAUGAGGGCGAGGAGGAGCAACAGGACUUUGCCUAUGAGAAGCAAAAGGAAAAGCCAGUGAAGAAGUCCAGUCACGGUCACAGCCAUGAUCCUGGCCAGAUGAACAUGCGUGGCGCCUUUUUGCAUGUGCUUAGCGAUGCUUUGGGCAGCGUUAUUGUGGUCAUCAGUGCAUUGGUUGUGUGGCUCACCAAAUGGAAGUACCGUUUCUAUAUGGAUCCCGCUUUGUCCAUUGUGCUAGUGGCACUUAUUCUGCAUUCCGUUUGGCCGCUGCUGCGUGAAUCGGCGUUAAUCCUGCUACAAACUGUGCCUACACAUAUACAGGUGGAUGCGAUACAGAAGCGUUUGCUGGAGAAGGUCGAUGGAGUGCUGGCCGUGCAUGAGUUCCAUGUCUGGCAGUUGGCAGGCGACCGCAUUAUAGCCUCAGCGCAUAUACGCUGUCGAAACUUGUCGGAGUAUAUGAAGAUUGCGGAGAAGGUUAAGGAGUUCUUUCACAAUGAGGGCAUUCACUCAACCACUAUACAGCCAGAGUUUAGCGAGAUUGAAGGCUGCAAUAUGUCGGAUGGCACCUCUAGCAUUAAUAUGAGCGGCUCCGAUUGCUGUGCGCUGGAUUGUCCCCCCACAGAAGAGGGCGAGGGCUGCGUUAAGGCCACUUGCUGUCAAAAUAACAACAAAUUGAACCAACUGCCUUCACCUACAAAUUCACCGUAUCUGUGCCGUCAGCGCAAUGCAGCACGACAGGCUGGCGAUGUUGAGGCUGGCUCGCUGCUAGAAGCCAAUGCCAUUGCUGGUCAGGCGGGCAAUGCAACGUCUGCCACCACAGCAGGCGAUGGCACAGCCAAAAAUGAAAUAGUCUGACAACAUACACAACAAAAGCAGCCCGCACAACAACAACAACAACAACAACAGCAGCAAGUACACUUUGCCACCAGCCCAACUGCAACACGUGAUAUAAUGUACGCACCAACUAACCCAGCAUCUUCCAAAGCACUCGCUGUCAGCGAUGUCAGUCUCUCGCUCACCGCCCAGCGUCGUCGUGAUCUGCAGUUGCGCGCCGAGCAGCAGUGCCAGGAGCAGGUGUUGCUCAGUGGCGCCCAUUGCACGCGCAACGGUGAUGAGGUGGCACUUUAAACCUUUUAUGUUUUUUGUUAAGGCAGAGAGAGACUGUGUCUUGUUGGAUUUUCUAGCAAACUUACAAUUGUUCUUUAGUAGAAUUUUUUAUAUACAUAUAAUAUUUGACUAGUGGGCGUGUGUAUGGCCAGGUUCUUAGCGUUGUUGUUAUGGCGCGCAGGCGGCGUAUUUUAGUAUAUAUAUUUAAUACAAAUAUAGUGUUUGUUGGUGCGUCUGUGUGUGUGUGUAUGUGCCCCACCAACCUUGACCCACUACACCACAGCUAAGUAACAGCGCAACAGAUUUUGUGUGCCAGUUUAAUUGAAAUCAAAAACAAAACAAACAGUUAAAAAAUUAGAAUAUCAAAAAGAGUAACAAAUUGAUAGCAUUAACUGAAACCAACAAAAUGUAGUUAAUUGUAGCAUUAAGCUCAAACAGUUGGCAACAAAAUAUAAAACAAAACAAAAAUCUAUUAUAU